GGGCCCUCGAGGGUGACUGUAGGGAAGGGGGCCUGCCGUUCACCGUGGCGCGGCGGAGAGGGGAGCAGGAGCCCCUGGGGACAAGACAAGGACUUUGGGAAGCCCAGGACCAAGGCACACUCCCAGGAAAGCUCGGGCCCCGUGGGAGCCCUCUGAGCCUUCUGCCCAUUGCCCCAGACGCUGCUGAAUGAGGAAGAAUGGAUGAGCAACUCUCCCUGUCCUGAGGGGAGGCAGACUUCUGCGUUAUGACCCGGCUGCUGGGCUACGUGGACCCCUCAGACGCCUCCUUUGUGGCUGCCGUCCUCACCAUCAUUUUCAACCCGCUCUUCUGGAACGUGGUUGCAAGAUGGGAACAGAAAACCCGGAAGCUGAGCCGAGCCAUGGGCUCCCCCUACCUGGCCUGCUACAUGCUGGGCGUGGUCAUCCUGCUCCUGAAUGUCCUGCGCUCACACUGCUUCACACAGGCCAUGCUGAGCCAGCCCCAGAUGAACAGCCUGGACAGCCCCGUGGCCCGCCUGGCGGGCCUGCUGCUCCUGGGGGCCGGCAGCCUGCUGGUGCUCUCCAGCUUCUUCGCACUGGGCUUCACCGGGACCUUCCUAGGUGAUUACUUCGGGAUCCUCAAGGAGUCCAGAGUGACCACGUUCCCAUUCAGCGUCCUGGACAACCCCAUGUACUGGGGCAGCACGGCCAACUACCUGGGCUGGGCUGUCGUGCACGCCAGCCCUGCCGGCCUGCUGCUGACCGCGGUUGUGGCCCUCACCUACGUGGUCGCCGUCCUGUACGAGGAGCCCUUCACCGCUGAGAUCUACAGGCAGAAAGCCUCCCAGUCCGGCAAGAGGAGCUGACCAGGCCGCACUGAGGGUCUGCACUCCCGGCCGGCCCGCCCACCCACAGGCCCAGUCCAGGUGGGGCACGGCGCCCGGCCGCUGCUGGGCGCCGGCCUUGCCAGGGCUGCCCCAGUGCCUUGGAAACUGCUGCCUUGGGGCCUUGGACAUGCUACCGGGUGGCCGGAGCCCCCUGACCUGCCCCCACCCCAUGUUUUAACUCACCAAUAAAGGCC